CCAACUUUUACGAAGUUGCGUCUGCUUCAUGGGUCCGCGAGGUUGACGGCCAAGACCGGCACGUGCAGAUGAUACAUGACGGUGCAAUGGGGACACAAUUCGUCGGUAAAUCUUGAGCGGUUGCACACUUACAACAACAACAACAACAAUGACAACCCUUUCAAGAUUCAGUGGCUGCCCUCUGUCUUGCGUAAACCCUGGAGAGAGCAAUACAGAACCCAGUGUGGUGCUGCCACCUUUGGCAGGAGAGCACAUGGGGCACCCCACUGGCACUUCCUUAAAACUCUGCCCCUCGCACAAUUUAAUAGACUAUCCUGAGACAAGGGCCACCGCAUAUGUGGACCACUCGUUGCCUCACUUUCCAGAAGCGGGAUACACGAGCCAUCGCCUAGACGCCAGCCCUAGGGGCAUUAUCAUUGGGACAAACCUGUCAGGACCAAGCAUGCCACCAGUCACAGACCAACUGGCACCAAGACCUAACCAACAUGGCGCUAUUGGAAGAUACCGUGACCUCCACGCCUACAGAGAUGGCCGAAGCCAUGCUUUCUUCACCACGUAUCCAGAGCAGGCCCACAACCCUGUAGAUGCCAACAGAGACCUGAAUGGCCAGGUGAUGCUGGGUCUUCCAGGAGAUCUUCUCCCAAGGGCACAUCCAUACGGACAAACACACAGCGUCCCCCGGGCCAACAGCCAACAGCUUGUUACUCAGUUUCUGGGUCUCUAUAAGCCCCUGAACAUGGCCAUUCAACGAGGAGGGGGUGAUGCAUUCCUCAGGUGCUCCAGACAGACUUUAACACACGAGUUGGUGUGCAAGUGGAGUGACGGCCAAGAAGGCACUGGCAAGCUGCCAUGUUCCAGGACUUUUGGGACUAUGUACGAACUUGUCACUCAUGUGACGAUCGAGCAUGUCGGGGGACCUGAACAUUCUGACUAUGUGUGCCACUGGGAGAAUUGUCCCAGGGACAGAAAAGCAUUUAAAGCCAAAUAUAAGCUGGUCAACCACGUCAGAGUGCACACGGGAGAAAAGCCCUUUCCUUGCCCCUUUCACGGAUGUGAAAAAGUUUUCGCCAGAUCCGAAAACCUCAAGAUUCACAAGAGAACUCACACAGGUGAGAAACCGUUCAAAUGCGAGUUCGAGGGCUGCAACCGGCGUUUUGCAAACAGCAGCGAUCGGAAGAAGCAUUCACACGUCCACUCAAGCGACAAGCCGUACAUGUGCAAGGUCAGAGGCUGUGAGAAAUGUUACACGCACCCGAGUUCACUGCGCAAACACAUGAAGCUCCAUUGCAAGGCUGACACGGCCAAACCGGGUGAGGACGGUGAGUCUGGGUCUCCCGAGGUGGCGGGAGAGCAAGUCCCAUCAUCCCCUGCGGCGGUGACACGACCCUUGCCGCCUGCCCCCUCUCAGGACUCCACCGAGACUCUGAGGUCACGCUUUCAUCACACUUUUGACAGCAGUUUGGACUACACGACACACAGGCCGCAGUCCCUUUUGGAUCCUCUGUUGCUGCACCGGGGCAGUUACAGAGGAGAAACGGCGCAGUACACGUGUAGCCAAGCAAGUCCGUCCUUCGCCCCUAGCCACAGGAAUAUUGCAUCAAACUCAACUUUCCAAAAAAGCAUUGUAAAUGGCUGGUACACAUGUCAUACCGGCGCACAGCAUUUCGCGUCCAAGCAGUGUAACACUGAUUAAUAAUUGUUCACGACGGCGGCAAGGAGAGGUAAUCAAGAAGGCAAAGGAGAGCUUGUGUAAUAUAGACAUUUCUUUUAAAAUGAUUUUUACAUUUUCUUGAUGCAUUUCUCGAUGUCUGGAUGUUCUAUUUAUGACUUGGCUGUACAGUUUAUUGAAGAGAGCUCAUGUUAUUGUGCUGGUGAUAUUCUUUACCUAAAAUAUAUUACAAAAACAUUGUGCUGGUGAGAUUUACUAGCUGAAAUGCACUUAGGACCAAUGUACACUGCUCAUCAGUGUAUGUUUCUCUGUAUAGAAACAAUUAAAAUAAUAAUAAUUUGAAAGCAUUUUAUUAAACAGAGACAGGAUUAUGUCAGAAGACUGUGCUUUAAACUGCAACAGAAACAUUUUACUCUUGUAAUUCUAUGUUAUCUCACUUAUCUUUGGUGAAUACAGUACUUGCCUGUAGAAACCAUACCUGUUAAUUCAUGCAAAUUUCUAAGGCAAAGAAAUAUUAUUUGCUUUGUUGUCAUUAACCUGGCUGAGUGAGCAUUUGCUUGGUUGUGUGAUCGUUUAGAUCAGAGAAGAAAAGCUGGGAACUACC